UGGCAGCUCGAGGCAGAGCCUCAAUGUAUCCUGAAUAAACCUCUUCCCCCAAGAGCAACCAAAGAGAUCUCGCUUGAAUUUGUCCGUGGAAUACAAAUACACGUCGUUACAGACUGGCGCCCAUCGUCGAAUACGAACCCACGGUGACCUGCAACUGCACCCGUCUGGAUGCUUUCCAGCUUUUCUACCUGUAGGACACCUUUCCAUGGACACUAACUAUAUAACCAGGUAUUUCCUCGCCAUCGUGAUCGCGAGCACGGCAUUCUGCUGCUAGGCAGUAACGAACCGGAGCUCUUUAAAAAGUCCCGAAGCCGUCGUACAGCUCAGCGACUCGUUACAUAGUAGCGAGCUAUUAGAGCCCUUAUACGACUUCUGGCCAUUAUUCUCCGAGCACAAGAGAUCGCCGCGAUUCCGCGGCGACCCAAGGCUUUGUGACGAGACUUGCCGCACCACGUGGCCACGUACACAAAGCACAGGCGAGCACUGCUGAGCACUGCCCGCGCUGAAGCUCUGGAAAAAACCCCGCGGUGACCUCAGCACCGACUGCAGUAAACGUCGGAACCUGACAGAGGAUCCCGCUCCUGCGACAUCGAGGUGAGCCACACUGGUUUAAAAAUGGGACAGUCCCACUCUGCAGCUGAUAGAGAUCUCUAUAAGCAACUUAACCACUUAUUACGUAGCCAUAAUAGUAAUUUGCCUAAAAAAGAGCUACGAAAACUCCUAGAAUGGAUCUUACUUAAGUUCCCAUAUGCCGAGCGCUCUGCUGUGUUUUGUGGAGACUUUUGGGAGUCCGUGGGACAUACACUGUUUAACGACAUUUCGCGGCGGGACCCCUAUGCUUGCGAAUUGCUCCCUGCUUAUAGAGUCGUGGCAGGAAUCUGCGCUUCUCAAAAGCCGCAGAUAGCAGCCAAAUCGCUCCCUGCCGUGGCUCAACUAUCCCCGCCGGACUGCCCCCCCACCCCGCGCUGCGGCGAGAAUGCCGCCGAGGCAGCUGGCGACUCGCCGGUUUCUGAGCGACCGGCGCUCCUCGCCGCGGCCGCCCCCCCCCAUCCCCCGCAACCCAGAACCCGCCCUUGCGGCCACCUCCUCCCCCCCUAACCACUCCGCGGGCCCCGCCUCCCCCCCGCCCGGCCCCCCAGCAUUGCCUGUCCCGGCUAUGAUGGCUACUAUAGCCGAACUUUUACAAAAUCAAACAACAGCCAUUUUACAAGCACAAACCCAGUCAAUGGCUAUUUUACAAACACAAUUUCAAGCGUCAGCUGCGAUUUUGCAAAAGCUGCAUACGCUCGCCUCCGCGGCCGCCCUCCCGACCCACCCGGAAGUCCCCUGGUCCGGCGAACACGCCGGCCAUGCGCCGGCCCUGGGCUGGGCGGCCCCCACUCCCGGGGCCACGCCCUCCCUCCCGCGCAGCCCUGACCCCGCCCCCGGGGCUGCCGCCCCCCUCCCCCUCGGUCCAGACCCCGCCCCCGCCCCCGGAGCUGCUGCCCCCCUCCCCCGCGGUCCAGACCCCGCCCCCGCGGCCGCCGGCCCCCUCCCCCGCAGUCCGGACCCCGCCCCCGGGGCCGCGGCCGCCGCCCCCCCCUCGCGCGGGCCUGACCCCGCCCCUGCCUCCACCUCCUCUCCCUCGAGCGCCCCGGACCCCGCCCCUGCAGCCGCGGCACCGCCCGUCCUUCCCAGGGACGCCCCGGCUCCCGGCGCAGCACCCCCGCUGCCCGCCCGCCUCCUGCACUCGCGGCCGGACCCCCCGGCAGACGCAAACCCGGCGCCCCCACCCCCCCAUCCCCCCGCGGCGCCGCAGCCCCUGCCUCUGGCUGCAGAGCACCUUAACCCCCCGCCGCCGGCACCACUUCCGGGUUUCCCAAACCCAUCACCAUAUCCCUCCGCACCCCUCCCUUCGCCGUAUCUUCAGACUGCCACAGCAACCAAUGCCAUAGCGACAGCGUAUCCUUCCACAAAUCCCAGUUCCCCACAGGUGCUGCUGCCCACAACCUCCACCCCCCCUGCUCCUCUGCCUCGGCUGGCAGCAGCCCCUGCCUCACACACUAACAGCUCCUCACCACACCCUAACGACGACUCUAUGCCUCAGCAACGUGAACGCAACAAUGUAACUGCAGCUUCUACAAACAAAGGACAAACAGAGAACUAUGUUACCCCUGCAAACUCUAACCUUUCUAUCCCAGUCUCACCAAAUUCUCAACACAGUGCCAACAAUCUUCACUUGACUAACUGCCCUGAAAUCAAAUAUGAUAACCACAAAGAAGACAACCUGCCUUCCCAAGCCAUACCGGCAAUACCCAACCAACAACCUGCUAAUCUCAAAACAUGGACAUUCCUUCCCUCCCAUGAUUUAAAAGAGUUGCGAAAAGCAAUUAAUGACGGUGGCAUCUCCUCUUCCUAUUUCAAACAGCUGUUGAAAAGUACCCUAGAGAGACACACACUCACGCCACAUGACUGCAAACAUCUUGCCACCACAUUUCUCACGGACUCACAAUAUAUAUUGUGGGAUCUUAAAUGGAAGAGAAUGCUUGCAGGAGUCCUGACUACAUAUAGACAAAGCACUGAUGCACAACUUCGCACCCUUACCUUGUCUAAAUUAACAGGUGACCCACCAGAUGAUAAGAUCGAACAUCAGGCGAAUCUACCCAAAAUGGUAUUGGAUGAUGUCAAAAAGAUGGCUCGCAGAGCCUUUUUGCAGAUUCAGCCAGCGGGAACUUCCGAAGAAGCAUACAAUCUAGUUACCCAAGGCUCAUCUGAACCAUUCACCACAUUUGUAGACCGGGUAAUUCAAGCUACUGAAAGGCAAUGUGGUGAUGAUUUGGCCCGGCCGAUAAUGAUCCGGGACAUCCUCGAAAAUAAUGCCAACGCCCAAUGCAAACGAAUCAUCAAGGCCCUAGGAAGAGAAAAACCUACAGUGCCUGAGAUGAUUGAAGCGUGCAACUAUGUUGGGAGCCCACAUGACGUGGCAGUCGUCCAAGCACAUGAACCCGAAGAAACCCGGGGAGAUAAACUAGAAAGGGCUCUUGCAGCACAAGCACAACAGGCAGAAGCAAGAGACCAGAGACUUACGGAACUUCUAACUGCCCUGCAUCUCAGCUCCCAACAACAAUACAACACCAUGGCUGUCAUGCAAGCUGCUCUGCCUUUAGGACCCUGCUACCUCUGCAAAAAACCUGGCCACAUUGUAAAGGAUUGCACAGAAGUCAACAAAAGCCCACAAACGCCUGAUUCGUGCACCACCUGCAAAAAAGGAAAACAUAUGCCCUGGCAGUGCCGAUCCAAACAAGAUGCGAGUAGAAGACCUAAUCCAAAAAACUCCAAGGCGAGCGCGCCGCGUCACCGCGUGAUGAAACAAAUGGUGGCCCCCCAAAACCCCGAGGCACCUGGUGCACUCUGGCGACCUCCAAGCCAACAACCUUCUUAAAGGAUGAUGGCUACGACUAUAUUUCGACAGGAAUCACUGGGCCUUCACAACUCCGGCAAGACUUUCUAAUAGUUGGCAAAGAAAGGAACUGCAUCCUGGGGCUACUUGUUCUACCUUGUGUAGUCUCUGCUAACUGCAAUGAAGAACUAUUAGUGUUAGCCAAAGCUUACUACCCCCCAUUGCAUAUUCCACCUAAAACCCCUAUAGCCACUGCCAUUGCACUGCCUAUGGGAGCCAUAGACCAGAUACCACCACGUUGUUUCCCAGUCGCUUCUGAAAACCCCGAGGUCCUAUGGGUUCAACACAUAAGUGACCAAAGACCAAUGCUAACUUGUGAACUAUCAAAUGGCGGGGUUCGAGUCACCAUCAAGGGGAUGAUCGACACGGGGGCAGACGUUUCUGUAAUUUCUUCUUGUUAUUGGCCUACUGAUUGGAGGUUGGUACCUCCCCCAAGCACUCUCACAGGCAUCGGAGGUGUCACUCCGUGCUUGCAAAGCGAAUCUGUGAUCAGCAUUGAAGGGCCUGACAGAAUGAAAGCAUUGAUUCGCCCUUAUGUGGUUCAGAAACCCAUCACAGUAUGGGGAAGGGACUUGCUUUCUGCAUGGGGAGCUAAAAUUGAACUGGGUUUUUUGUAGGGGCCACUAAAGCACUCAGCACUCCAAAACUGACCUGGAAGACUGACACCCCUGUCUGGGUCGAUCAGUGGCCCCUGCCAGAUAACAAGCUGAGUGCCCUCAAAGAACUGGUAGCAGAACAACUGCAGAAGGGCCACAUUAAGCCCACUAACAGCCCCUGGAACUCACCUGUAUUUGUGAUCCAUAAGAAAACCUCUAACACCUGGCGACUGCUACACGAUCUCAGAAAAAUCAAUGCAGUGAUCGAAAACAUGGGCCCACUCCAGCCUGGCCUGCCCAACCUGUCCAUGAUACCCAGAGACUGGCCUCUUAUCAUCAUAGAUCUGAAAGACUGUUUCUUCAACAUCCCUCUGCAUCCAGAUGACGCUCCUCGUUUUGCCUUCUCCAUCCCAAGUACGAACUUACAAGAACCGCUUCAGAGGUAUCACUGGCUUUCCCUCCCCCAAGGAA